GAACAAGAGGAAGAAGAUCAAGUGUGUGGCUUGGAAUUAACAGCAGAAGCUCCUCUUCAGUGUUGUGUGUGAGUGCAAAAAACAGUACCCAAGAGCACGAAUUUUUUUCUGCUCUCCAUCGAGACUUUUUUACAACCGUCUCAGCCUCUUGUCUCAAAUGUGAGAUUGAGACAGGUGGAAAGCAAAAAAACAGCAACACAGGAGUAACGGUGAAGAGGCAUUUAAUGAAAAAUUUUUCCUCAUUCUGGGGAGAUUUUGCAUUCACUGAGGAGAGUCGUCAGUGAAGCUGCUGCGCGGUGAUUGAGAUUAUAUCCUUGUGAGUUGUGUGCCCCAGAAGAGAGAGAUGAGGUGGAAGCACAUUCCAUCAAUCGUUGGGUGCCUGUGUCUCUGUGCCACAUUUGCCACUGCCAUCCAGAUAGAUAAUCGCCUAGUGUCUGCACAAAAUGAUUGCUUCGAGAGGAUCGCCCUGGGGGCGAUGAUGCCCUUCGGCAGCACCUUCAGGAACACCGACACGAACCUCCUGCGGACAUGCGAGGAGCUGUGCGCCCGCGAAGGCCCCAAAUGCCAGACGUUUGCAUUCGGAAUCCAUCCGAGAGGAAAUGGCACGUGCCAAUUGUCUUCCCAGAGGAUAGAUGCGAGCAAGUCCAGGCCGGUGGGCACGAUCUUCGAUCCUGACUUCGACAUGUACGCCAGGAAGGAGAAUUGCCUGCCACCACAGGGAUCAACGAGUCAACUUCCCUUCCCGGGGAAUCUUCCCGGGGGCACUGAUCGUCCAACAUCGGGUCCGGGAGCACAGUUUCCGCCCUCAUCCUCUCCCGCCAGACCUGGAGGACCUCCUUUCACGUCUGUGGACUCAACGGACAACACCCGGCCACCAUCAACUCCUAUCUACACAACCACGGACACCACGGGAAGCUCUCUGGCCACGACUGGGGGAACUGGCGGAACUGGAGACACGACUUAUGGCAGUCAGACUACCAAUCGAUAUCCAGAGACUCCCUAUCCGCCCACAGAAGGUUAUCCCAACCGACCCAACAGGCCGAAUCCCUCCUAUCCUGGAGGAUCGCAAUAUCCGUCAAAUAACAGACCCUACGGACCAGACUACGCUUCCUCGCCACCAGGAAGAUAUCCCACAGACCCCAAUGGAGGAUAUCCAGACAAGCCGCCAUCCGGAGGAGGAUCUUAUGGGCCGCCGAGUGGAGGAUCAGGAUAUCGCCCGAGACCGGAAGCACCAUGCUUCAGAAGAGUUCUGGCUGGCAAGAGAGUGGCUUCUCAUUGGGUACGACGAACCUUGUCUUGCGAAAGGGUCGAGGAUUGCCAGCGAGAGUGUGGCGAGGAGAAGAGAUUCAUCUGCGAAGGCUUCAACUAUCGUCUGGAUCCCUCAGGACGCGGUCAGGGCAAUUGUGAACUGACCGAAGUGCCUCUGGGCGAAAUGGAUCUCUACUCGAGUCCCUUCCAUCGCGACAAGAACCUAAUCAACCACCCGGAUUAUGAUUACUACGAGAGAGAUCGCAGCAAUUCGCCCAGUUGCAAAAUGCCCAGUGGAUGUGUGAAUUGUGGUCUGAAGCCCUAUCGACCUCCGCCUUCAAGUUCAGGCUAUGGACCAUCGGACUUCUACAGACCGACAACUUUCAGGCCUCAGAUCGAUAGCUAUCCAGGCUUCUCGCCGGAUCGGUACAAACCGGAAAACAGUGGCUACGGAGGCAAUUUUAGACCUCCAACUUCCGACUACAAUCGCUAUGAUGUCUCCACUGCUGUGGACAUCUACAGACCGCCCAGUUAUCCGUCCUACAAGCCCUUCGGAGUGGACAGAUAUGAUCAAUUUAGGCCAUCGCGUCCAGAGAGACCGUCAUACUCAGGUCCUCCUUCCGGAUACUACGACCACGACCGACAGGAUUACGGAAGACCUCCUCCAGAAUCCUUCUACCAACCACGACCAGAUAGUUAUCGUCCCAGGCCCUCUCUGAAUAAACCUCGUCCAAGUUAUGGUGGAUCUCCUGAUCUUGAGGAUAGAUACAGAGAUCGCUAUCCUCCGCGACCAUCGUACAACUACCUCGAUCGCGAUGACAAACCCUCGGGAGGCCCUGGAGGAUCAUACAAACCCCAAUCGACCUUUGUUCCCUACCAAAUUGGCCAGAGCUCGUACGGCGGCGGCUACGGUGGGAGUACUUCGAGUGCUUACUGGGGAAUUCAAUCCGGUCACGAUAACAAACGCCCGGAAGGAGGUCCAUUCAAUUACUACGAACUAGGUGGGAACCAAAAGUACUCCCAGCCAGAAGAUAACAGUAUCUGGGGCUAUCCGGGAAAUCGCUAUGGGCCAGAAGAUCGCCCGCAGAGAGUGGACUACGGAACACAGUGGACCAGACGUCCUGGACUCGAUGAGUGCAGUGUGAAGUCGAGUGAGGGAUUCAGGCUGCACAAGGGUGUGGUGAGACUCGCUCAAUCCGUGCCCAGUGUCCGAGAGUGCGAGAAGAUGUGCGUGAACGAGGACAAGUUCAAGUGCUACACUUACAGUUAUCGCUACUCAGGUGGAGCGCGUGAGAAUUGCUUCCUGUGCGACAGGCCAUACAAUCUCCUGGACUAUUAUGCAGAUCUGGAACCGGAUAGGGAUUGCGAUAUCUAUUCCAUGUCGGAUGAUAUGAAGUCCUGCACAAAGCCACCGGCUAGGGAAGAGCAGAAUAAUGCCCAGUGCUUCUUUAAGGCCAUCGACUCAAAUCGCUUCUUCAAGUCCAUUGUCCGCGACUCCCUGACCGUCAAGUCCAUCGGAGAGUGCGAAUGGGAGUGCAUCAAGUCCACCAAAUUCACCUGCAGAUCCUUCACAUUCCGAUACAGAGGCCAUGGCCACGAGUCUGUCAUUGAUAACUGCCAACUCUCGGACUGGCCCUGCAAGGACAUAGAUAAGGACAGACAUUUGGUGACUGACCCUUCGUUUGAUAUUUACGAGAGAGCCAGUUAUGGCCAUGGAUGCGAACUCCAGCCAAUUGUGGAUGAGAAGCACCAGAAACUUUGCUACUUGGGCUACGGAUCUCCUGCCAAGCUACUCUCCUCGGCGAUCAAGAAGGUAGUUUCAGCUCCGACUGAACUGGAGUGCAAGAAUGAGUGCAUCCGCUUCCGAGAGACGACGCCUUUCAAGUGCUACUCCUUCAGCUAUGGAUCGCAAGCCUCUUCGUACAACUGUGAGAUGUCUGAUCUGGAUCAGAGUGAGUUGAAGCUGAACGUGCACUAUUCACACACCACGGAUCGGGACUUUUGGCUCUUCGCCUGGAAUCCCUUCGACUUCACCUGUCGCGACAAAGUGACGUCGGUCAGUGGGAACAGGAACGAUCGCCGGAUGGAUGUCUUCCGCGAACCGGGAGAGACUCUGCGCCACUUCACCGUGUCCGGGAAGCCCUGCCGACAGGGAGCCAAGUGUGAGCAGAACAUCAUCACUGGCUUCUACUCCUGCGAGAUCGACGGUGGAGAAAUCGGUUCCUGGGACUAUUGCUGCAAGGAGGAUCAUCCCUGCGGAUAUUCCCAAGGAUUUGACUAUCCAUGGUGUUAUGUGGGAGACAAGUUGGAUCAGUGGCGCACGUGCAGCGACAGAUACUUCCCCAACAAGCCCUCUGGCCAGACAUCGACUCUCCCGCCGAAGAAGAAGGGCGAAAUCUACCAGCAACCACCGAGACCGGGCAACCUGCAGAGCCUGGAGGAGCUCUCAGCGGCACGCCUCUGGCCCAUCACCUUCCUCUACAGCGAGGGCCCACCAAACUCCACGGAACUCAGCAAUGUGGUGGAUUGCAAGAAGGAGGAUUGCUGAGUCUGCACGCGACACCCUUUGCCACCCACUUUUCGCUUAUUUAUGCUCCGCUCGGUUCUGUAACGCCUUAAUUCA